UAUCCUCUCUUCCACAACGACUUGUGGAUUCUGUUAGUCGUGUUGGCUGAUUGAGCGGGGGUAAAAACGAACGACAGUGGAAGGGGGAGGCGGAGGAGAAGCGAGAGAUGGCCGGUCCCGGAAAGUGCUUGCUGGUGACUGGACCUCCGCUGAUUUCGGGUGCAGGGGGUCGGCAAAGGCACUGUUGCUGAAAUCAAGUUUCCACGAAAGUUCUUGCCCAGAUUGAAAGAUUUGGUUGGUAGAAAUCACUUUUGGAAAGAGAUUGCCACGAAAGUCCUGUCCACGUUGAAAAGUAGUAGGUAGGAAAAUGCUCGGUGGAAAUUGCUUUUGAAAGGAAGUUGCCACGAAAGUUUAUUUGUUCAACUUUACCAAAUAAGGUAGGAAGAAAAAUGAGGACUGAUAUAACAAUUGAGAGUCCAUUAUCUCUACCAUAGUGUAUAUUCCAAUCCUUUGAGAGAGGCUCUCUUUUUAAGUUUAUCUGGCUUUAGUUCUCCUAUGGCAGGUCAACUUGUCUCUUCUUCUUCCUUCACCAGUAAUCCUUCAUGGAAAUACGAUGUCUUUUUGAGCUUUAGAGGAGAGGAUACACGCGCCAAUUUUACCGAUCAUUUAUACAAGGGUUUGGUCGAUAAAGGAAUCCACACCUUCAUUGAUCGCCAGCUUCCAAGAGGAGAAGAAAUAUCUCCGGCUCUUCUCAAAACAAUUGAAGAGUCGAAAAUUUCUCUUGUCAUAUUCUCUAAAAGCUAUGCAUCCUCAAGGUGGUGCUUGGACGAGCUCGUCAAGAUCCUUCAAUGUAGAGAAUCAAAGAAACAAAUAGUUUUGCCAGUUUUUUACAAGGUGGAUCCGUCCCAUGUGCGAAAUCAAAAGAGUAGUUUCGGUGACGCAUUUACAGACCACAAGAGCAAAUUCAAAGACAAGAAGGAGAAGGUCUUGAUGUGGAGGAGAGCUCUUAGAGAAGUAGCAAAUUUGUCAGGUUAUCCUUUCCUAAAGGGAGAAUCUGAAGCUACAUUUAUCGGCAACAUUGUUGAGGAUAUCUUAGUCAAAGUACGUGGUGACACAUGUUUGAAUGUGGCCAAACACCCAGUUGGAAUACAAUCGUGCGUACAAGAGGUGAAAGAGCUUUUAGGUGUUGGUGGAAAUAAUCGUUGUGUGGUUGGGAUUUGGGGGAUAUCUGGAAUAGGCAAGACAACAAUUGCAAAAGCUGUUUAUAAUGCGAUUGCUCAUAAGUUUGAAGGUAGAUGUUUCUUAGCAGAUGUUAGAGAAACAUCGGCAUCAAGUCAAGGCGUAAUCCAACUACAGAACACUCUUCUUUCUAAAGUUCUAUGCGGUACAGAGUUGAAAGCUGUCGAUGUUCAUGAAGGAAUCAGCCUUAUAAAGAAACUGUUGAGGGGAAAGAAGAUUCUCUUAAUUCUUGAUGAUGUGGAUCGAUUGGAGCAGUUAAACAACUUGGUUGAAGUUGAUUGGUUCGGUGAGGGUAGCAGGGUGAUCAUAACCUCAAAAAAUAGAGGAUUGCUGGAAUCUUACGGAGUUGAGUUGAUAUACGAGGUUCAAAAGCUGAUGGAUGACAAGGCUCUUGAGCUUUUAAGUUUGAACGCCUUCGGAAUAAAUGAACCUCCAGAUGAUUAUUUAAUAUUCGCACGUCGUGCAAUAGCUUAUGCUCAAGGCCUUCCGUUAGCUCUUAAUUUUAUAGGUUCUCAUCUGCGUAAGAAAAGUACAGAUCGUUGGAAAGCUAUAUUGGAUAGUUAUGAUUCUUACGUAGGAGAACCUUAUACAGGUAUUCAAAGAAUACUUCGAAAAAGUUAUGAUGCAUGGGAUGGUGUCGUGCAACAAGUUUUCUUAGACAUUGCAUGCUUCUUUAAGGGUAGAGAUAAAGACUAUGUGUUACAAAUACUAAGAAGUUCGAAACUCAAUGUACCUCAAGAUUGUAUUGAAGUACUCGUUGAGAAUGCCAUCAUAACUAUUGAAGGUAACAGGAUUUUGAUGCAUGACUUGCUAGAAAAAAUGGGUAAGAGUAUAGUUUACGAAGAAUCUCCCACUGAACCAGGGAAGCGUAGCAGGUUGUGGUUUCAUGAAGACGUGUACCAUGUUCUAACUGAAAAUCGAGGAACAAAGAAAGUUAAAGGCAUUGUCGUGGAGCUGCCCGAACCAAAUGUGAUAACCUUGAAUGCAGAAAGCUUCUCGCAGAUGGUAAAUCUUGAAAUUUUUAUAAACCGUAAUGCAUGCUUUUUUGGACACGUUGAUUAUCUGCCCAAUGAUUUGAGGUGGAUUGAUUUGAGUGGACGAUCCAAUAUUCAUCGAGAGCAUACGGUUGUGUUCAAUUUGCCAUCUAAUUAUAAUCCAAGGCAUCUUGUUAUGUUUGAUAUAUCAUAUAGUGGCAUCAGACAACUAAAGGGAUUUAAGAAUUCGGCAAAGCUUACAUCUAUGAAUUUAAGUGGUUGCGAAUUCUUGGAAAAAAUCCCCGACUUCUCUGGAAUCCCAAACCUAAAGCACUUGGAUUUAAGUGAAUGUAAAAGUUUGGUUGAGGUUGAUGAUUCUGUUGGAUUCCUUGAUAAACUUGUCGAAAUGGAUCUUAGUGGGUGCUCUAGGCUUACGAGGUUUGUAACAAGACUUGGAUUGAGAUCCCUUAAAAAGCUCUCUCUUUGUGGUUGCACGAGGCUUGAGACUUUCCCGGUAAUAGAGAACAAGAUGAAAUCCCUAUGGCGUUUGGACAUAAAAAGAAGUGGCAUAAGAGAAUUGCCUUCAUCAAUUGUUUAUCUUACUGGGCUUGAAAGCUUGGAAGCACGUGGUUGUGAGAACCUUACAAAUAUGUACAUAUAUGGAUGUCCAAAUCUGACCACAGCCGAUUUGGAUAUUUUAGAUGACAAGUGUAUCACAAUAGCCCUUUCCAACCUAUACUAUCUUGAUUUUAGAGGAUGCAAUCUUUCAGAAAGUAAUUUUCUUGUGCCUCUUGAUUGCUAUUCCAGAUUAAAAUUUCUUGACCUGUCGAGAAACAAUUUUGUUAGUCUUCCGGAUUGCAUUAGCCAAUUUUCCAUCUUGGAGGAACUAUCUUUGAGUGGUUGCAAGAGGCUUCGGGAAAUUCCACAAGUCCUUCCACCAAUACUAAAGCACUUAUAUCUCGAUGAUUGCACAUCUUUGGAGAAAAUGUCAAAAUUGCCCCCGAUGCUUGAGCGUCUGGACUUGCGCAAUUGCUUUGGACUAAGAGGCGAUGAGGUUGCAAAGUUGGAAAACAAUUUGUUGUUGAAUCAGGAAUCUCUUCGGUGCUCUAAAUUGGCAAUUAUUCUUCCAGGCAAUGAAAUUCCAAAGUGGUUCAGAUAUAUUUCCUUUGAAGAGCCAACAACAUUUGAAUUUUGUUUUGAAAUUCCUCUAAAUUUACAAGGGGAUAUGUUGUCAGGAUUGGCUCUAUCUUUUGUUCUCGAACCACCAUUUGAUCAACCUCGUUAUAUUUCCAUCAGCGGAAUGCCAGAGGUUCGGUAUUUCUGGUAUGGCCAGGACAUGAAGGCAGCUCAUGUGUGGCUCAUGUUAGUGGAUUUAGACGAGCACAAGCAGCAGGGAGAUUUUUGUCAAGUUAUAUUUUGUUUCCAGAAAGGCACAUGCAUUAAAAGCUGCGGGGUGCACCCCUUACGAGACGAGUGGUUUUAAUAUAAUUGGUUAGAAACUUGGAAUUUUUCCUAUUAGACAACCAAGACGAACAGCUUCCCUUGUCUUUGGGACCAACGAGUAGUCUUGGGAAGAGGCCUCGUCCAUAUGGAUCCUUAGAUAUCGUCGAUGAUGAAUAUGAUCAGCAACAAUAACGGCUUUCCUUAUCUUCGAAGCCAGCGGAUGAUCAUCCGAAGCGCAGGCAGAUUGAUCUCAAUGUUCCUAUUCGUAUUGAGGAGGAGGAGGAGCAAGGGCAACCGUCCAUUUCAGAUGAUCCACAAUUUCUGAUAUAGUAGGAGUUUGGGUACGCACAUAUAUAUAAAUUAAUGUGUGAGUUCGUUUGCACUUUUCUAAUCUUUAAAACUAAGAGGCCGUUUAAUGACCAUUUCAGGUUCUAGUUUCCAUUUUUUAAAACUAGUAACCGAGAACUCGUUUGGUAACUUCUCCUUGUUCUACUAUCUUUUGCCCUUCUGUUUUCUUGAUCUAUAUAAAUAUACAUGUUAGUGUUUUAGA